UAGGGGCAUUGAAUUCAACCACUCACGGCGGUUUGAGACCAUUCACUCCCGCUUACCUGCUUUCAACCCCUCAUAAUAGCCUCAGCUUCAAGAAGACUAACACCUUCCCCCUCCUUUUGGUAGAUUUACAACCACUUAAGAGCAUGACUUUCAUGAUCACGAACAAUCCAUCCAAACUCUCUUCUGUCAUUUUAUAAGAUCAUAUCACAUCAACAUUGAACUUCUAGAUAUCGACAAUAUCGGAGGAACCCAACGAGAGUGGGAUGGCUAAGGAAUGGGAGGGGGGUGUUAUAUAUUAUAUAUAGACAUACAUAACAUAUAUAUGUAUGUAUAGGUAUAUAUAUUAAAGCUUAAGAUUCAUCCAACUGCCUUCAAAUCUCUCUCUCUCUCUGUGUCUGAAGAUGGAUUUCAGCGAUUCAAUUUGGAUGGUGAUUAUGGUGUGUUUAGUGGGAUGGGGAUGGAGAUUUCUUAACUGGAUCUGGUUGAGGCCGAAGAAACUUGAGAAGUGGCUGAGACAGCAAGGAUUCGCCGGAAAUUCUUACCGUCUUUACUCCGGCGACGUGAACGACAUGGCCGCCGUGAUGGAACAAGCCAAAUCCAAACCCAUGAGCUUCUCACAUGAUAUUGCUCCACGUGUCAUCCCAUCAAUACAUCAUACCAUUCACAAAUAUGGGAAGAAUUCAUUCACAUGGCUUGGACCAUAUCCAAGAGUGUACAUCAUGGACCCUGAGCAAUUGAAAGCUGCCUUUUCUUUGUACACUGACUUUCAAAAGCCAACUAUCAACCCUCUUGGUAGGUUGCUUUUUGAUGGACUUAUUAAUCAUGAAGGGGCAAAAUGGGCUAAACAUAGAAAAAUAAUCAACCCUGCUUUUCAUUUUGAGAAGUUGAAGGACAUGGUGCCAACAAUGUUUGAGAGUUGCAGUGAGAUGAUUAGCAAAUGGGAAAGAAUGAUAUCAAAAGAUGGAUUUUGUGAAUUGGAUGUGAUGCCUCAUUUGCAAAACUUGGCAGCUGAUGUCAUUUCUCGAACAGCAUUUGGAAGUACUUAUGAAGAAGGAAAAAUUAUAUUUAAUCUUCUCAAAGAGUUGACUAAUUUGGUCAUUAAAACUAGUAAUACCGUUUACAUACCGGGAUGGAGGUUUCUACCAACAAAGUUAAACAAUAGAAUGAAAAAGAUAAGUAAAGAAAUGAAAACUUUGCUCUUGAAUCUUAUCAAUAAAAGGCAAAGGGCAAUGAAGGAAGGUGAAGCUAUACAUAGUGAUCUAUUAGGCAUUCUCUUAGAAUCAAAUUUCAAUGAAAUUCAAGAACAUGGAAAUGUGAAUAUUGGAAUGAGCAUAGAUGACUUGGUUGAAGAAUGUAAGGUUUUUUAUUUAGCUGGUCAAGAAACCACGGCUAUCCUACUAGUUUGGACCAUGGUUUUGUUAAGCUCAUAUACAAAAUGGCAAGAUCGAGCAAGAUCUGAGGUCCUACAAGUCUUUGGCUACAACAAACCAGAUUUUGAUGGUUUAAAUCGACUAAAAGUUGUUACUAUGAUUUUGAACGAGGUUCUGAGAUUAUACCCACCAGCAAGUGUGUUUAGUCGUCGUCUUGUUAAAAAAGAAACAAGACUUGGAAAUUUGACUUUACCAAGUGGAGUGUUGUUGAGUUUUCCAAUUCUUCUUAUCCAUCAAGAUCCAGAGCUAUGGGGUGAAGAUGCAAAUGAAUUCAAUCCAGAAAGAUUUGCUGAGGGAAUUUCAAAAGCAACAAAGAAUCAAACUGGAUUCUUCCCCUUUGGUUGGGGUCCUCGAAUAUGCGUUGGACAAAAUUUUGCCAUGAUUGAGGCCAAAAUUGCACUGUCAAUGAUUCUACAACACUUCUCAUUUGAACUUUCUUCAUCCUAUACUCAUGCUCCUAUAUCCAUUUUAACCAUUCAACCUCAGCAUGGAGCUCAUAUCAUCCUACAUAAACUUUAGUUAGUCAUAAGGGAAAAAAAAAAAAGAGAGAGAGAGAGAAAUCAAAGCUCAAACUUGUAUACUUCUCUUCUUUGAUAAUGUCAAGUUAUAAGAUUUAACGGUUCUUUGAACGUCAAAUAAGCCAUAAUUAAGAAUUAGUUUUACAUGUUUGAAAUGUCAAGUAUAUUCUUGACAUCUGUUACCAAUCAUCUUUAUUCAAAUA